AUGUCCGGUGGUGAGGCCGCGCGGGUUGCCUUAGAUGAGGAUGAAGGAAUCUCCGAGUUGGACGACGGCGAGACAACCGCGUCAGUUCGUUCCAGCAUCUUACAAAAUCGAGAGCAGUACGGGAGACGAUACCAUGCCUACAAGGAUGGAACGUACCAUCGGCCAAACGACGAGGCCGAGCUGGACCGUCUCGAUAUAGCCCAUGCCCUCUUUGCAAUCAUCAACGAGGACCGACUCCAUCUUGCACCGCUCAAGCCCGAGCCUGGCCGUGUGCUCGACCUCGGCGCCGGCACCGGGGCCUGGGCCAUCGAGUUCGCAGAGGCCUAUCCCUCGGCCGUGGUGGUUGGCGUCGAUAUCAGUCCCACCAUGUCCGAGUUCGUGCCGCCGAAUGUGCAGUUCGAGAUUGACGACGUCGAGGACCAGUGGACGUACAGUAAGCAGGCAGACUACAUCCACUGCCGAUACAUGGUCGGGUCGAUCUCGGACUGGCCAAAGCUAAUGCGCCAAUGCUACGACAAUCUUAACCCGGGUGGCUGGGUCGAGUUCCAGGAUUUUGACAUCAACUACUAUUCCCAAGACGGGUCGUUGACGGAGAAGCAUGCUUUCCGACGCUGGCUCGUGCUCUGCAUGGAGGCAGCCGGGAAAGUUGGACGCACAUUGCGCGUGGGCAUGCAUCUCGAGCAGUGGGUGAGAGAUGCGGGCUUCACUAACGUCCAGGUUUUCAAGGUCCCCGUACCUAUUGGUCCUUGGGCCAAAGGCCAGAGAAUGAAGAGGAUGGGCCUGUUCAAUUGGACUCAGAUCUUUGAAGGCCUACAAGCCGUCAGCCUGAGACUGUUCUUGAACGUGCUCGGAUGGACUCAACCUGAGCUGGAAUCGCUCUUGGUGGAAGUCCGGAAAGAUAUGAAGAACAAGGAGAUUCAUUCGCUGUACGACGUGUAA